AGCGAUAGCGGCAGCAGCGGGACAAAGGGGCCGUCGGGGGGAGCGGAUCGGAACCGAACCAGAGCCGGGAGGAACCGGUACUGCGGCUAGGGCGAGUGAGUACCGGAGGAACCGGUACCAGCACCCAGGACAGCGCUGGCCGGAGCCGGUACUAGCAACUGGGGCUGGGAAGAACCGGUAGUGGCAGCACCAGGCGGAUCCGGUACCAGCAGGAGACGGAGCUUUUCCAUAUUCUGGUUCUGAUCCUGGCCCCCUGGUCCGGAAACACCAGGAAGAAGAGGGGAUCCGGACCUAGUUCGGGACAAGACAGCACCAUGAUCCGGUUCUGGUCGUACUAGGUUCGGGCAAGAAGCGAAUUAGGGUCCGGGAGGAGGCUCGGCCCCGGUUCGGUUUGCACGUGGUCCCAGAAUAGGCAGGACGGAUGUGGGUUUGGUCCCGAUUCGGUGCAGACAAGAAGUGAAUCUCGACCCAGCACCUAGUACUAGGCUGAAGGCGGUUCUGGUUCCGGCCUGGGCCCGGUUCCGUGCAGUGGAAGGAUCUGGCCCAGACUGCACGUGGUCCUGGUUCCUUGAAGGCAGAACCCAGAGCUCGUAAUAGCAGGAUCCGGUUCUGGUUCCCGCGAGGGCAGGAAGAGGACCUGGUUCCUUCCAUCGCGGUAUCGGCAGCUGAAGGCGGCUUCGGUUCUGGACCCACGUGUGCCGGGGUCUGGGCUGAGGCAGCAUCGGCAGGAUCCAGCUGAGAGCCGCUCCCGGCAUCAGCAGCCGGAGGUUCUGAGCCCACGUGGGCUCGGUUCAGGCAGCAGCGCAGUCAGUUCUGACCCGGUUCGGGUCCCCGGCACGGCGGAUGGCAGCGCCUUGCAGCCCAGAGAGCGGCCCAGCGGGGGCCACAAGCCCCCGGGUGUAUUUCCAGAGCCCCCCGGGGGAGCCGGGCCAGGAGGAGGAGGAGGGGCCGGUCCGGCGCCAGGGGAAGGUCACGGUGAAAUACGAUCGCAAGGAGCUUCGCAAGCGGCUUAACCUGGAGGAGUGGAUCCUGGAGCAGCUCACGCAGCUGUACGACUGCCAGGAAGAGGAGAUUCCAGAACUGGAGAUCGAUGUAGAUGAGCUGCUGGACAUGGGCAGUGAUGAUGCCCGGGGAGCCAGGGUGAAGGAGCUCCUGGUUGACUGUUACAAGCCCACAGAGGCUUUUGUGGGGGACCUGCUCGACAAGAUCCGAGGCAUGCAGAAGCUCAGCACCCCCCAGAAGAAAUGAUCCCCCCCCGUCCUUAGACCCACCUCCCCCAGCUGGGGGGUAGGGAGGGGGGAGAGAAGCAACCAAUGGCACCAGGCUGGGGUGGGGGGAAUCUCGUCUCUAAAGCUUGGGGAUGUAGAGGGAGGGGGGGCCCCUCCUCAACCUCCCCAGUGCAUUGAUAAUCACUAGCCAGCUGGACAGCUCCUUAGCAAUACCCCCACAUGAGCCCCCUCUUUUUUUGGUAGUGGGGGGCUCUGGGGAGGGGGGUUAUGAUUUGAUUUUUUGUAAGGAUUUUUUUUGAGGUUUUUUUAAUUAUUACAUGAAUUUUGUGUUUUUAUAUGAAUUUAAUAAAAGUGUUUGAGAGUUA